ACACAUGGAAGUCAUGUGAGUCAAGUUAAGAACAAAAUGCUCUAUUAAGUUCAAAAAAGAGAAUAUUUCCAAUAAAAAAUAGUUUACUCUUGUAAAAAGUGAUAAUUUAUUUUAAUAAGGGAGCGUUGAUUUUUGAAUUGGAGACUAAUUUCCAAUCAAAGUGAUCUUUAUUAUGAUGAUGAUAAACAAUUUUGUUUUAAAGCACUGAAAAGAAUCAUUGUGUUGUCAACCAAAAAAUAUAAGGCAAAUAAGAGGCAAAAGGUUGUUUUUUAGACAAGGCAGAUUCUUGUUUGAAUUGAACUCGAUUUUCCGAAGACGAACGAAUAUGUUGUCGUUGUUAUUGCUGGUGGUUUUGGGUGUGGCGGCUGUGAAGGGUUCUACCGAGAGAUUCGACUACUGUGCAUUCUACCCGUUCCACACGUUGUGUCUGUACAAAGAGCGCGACCCGCUUCAAGACUGUCUGGGCCACGAAUUCAACGAUGGCAAGGACCACUAUUUGCCCGAGGGCAGGCUCACCAAAGAACAAAAGUCCGAAAUCAAGAGGGCACACAACGUGUUGAGAGAGAAGGUGGCAAAAGGCCAUCUCUACAGACAAGCGAACCCGGCCAUGUAUCUGCCCAAGGCGAGCAACAUGUAUGAGCUGGUAUGGGACGACGAAUUGGAGAAAGCUGCGCAGGCGCAUGCCGAUCGCUGUCAGAAUGUCUUGUUCGACGUCAAUCGAGAUGUCGAACGCUUCAUGGUGGGCCAGAACAUCUACCACUCAUGUUACACCAACAAAACGUGGGGAGACUUCAAGGCAGCGGAAGUGAUUGACGUGUGGGCGGAGACACGCUACAGCAUGACCAAGGAGCGCUUCUACGGAUUCUCUCCGCGUCUAGGGGGCAAACACAUGCGACUCUACACGUUCGCUCAGAUGAUCUGGGGACCCAUGGACUACAUAGGCUGUGCCCGGGCGGUCUUCAAGGGCAUGAAGAUGGUGCCCGAGAUCAAAGAACAGGUGGAGGUGUACAUCAGUCAGGUUGUGUGCAACUAUGGUCCCUCCGGCAUGGAAAUGAGGCAACCAAUCUACAAUGUGGGGAAGAAUUUGGCUGGCUGCUGCAAGCAUAAGAGCCUGCACUAUCCUGCCAUGUGUUAUCCUUGCGAAAGACCAUCUAGGCCUUCAACCCUACCUCCCUGACGUCACUUUUGACCUUUUAUUCACCAGGUUAUAAUUGUAUUUACAGUGGCAUUAGAUUGGAAUGACAUUUCUUGGCAUUCUUUUACCGUUCAACACAGUUUAUAAAUGUCAAUUUUCCAAGUAGACAAUAAUAUUAUUUUCAAGGGUAUUUUCGUAUAACAUUGAAAUGAAUUUUUUGGAAUUCUGUUAACGUAUACACAGUUUAUAAUAGACUGUACAUCACUUUUGACCUAUUAUUUACCAGGUUAUAAUUCGUAUUGACAGUGGCAUAAUAUUGGAAUGAAGUUCAUGACAUUCUGUUAAAGUUUAACACAGUUUAUAAAAGUCAAUUUUCCAAGUAAACAAUUAUUUUCGUAUAAUAUUAAAAUGGAGUUAUUGAAAUUCUGUUAACGUAAACACAGUUUAUAAUAGACUGUACAUCACUUUUGACCUACUAUUUACCAGGUUAUAAUUGUAUUUACAGUGGAAUUGGAUUGGAAUGAAGUUUCUUGACAUUCUUUUAAAGUUUAACACA